AUGGAAAAUAUGGCUUCUUGUAGUUUAUCUAUAGAAAAAAGAUAUGACCAUUUGAAAGCGUUUUCAAAUAAUAUUGGGGGGUUAGUACUAGAAUUAAAAGAUUUAAUAAAAGUUCAUGAAAUAUUAAUUUAUAAAGAGAAACUAAAAACGUCGGAAAAGGAUAAAAUUAAAAAACAAGACGACUUGCUAAUCCUUAAGCAAGAACUAGAAAUAAUAAAAAAAGAGAAUGUAAAAAUGGAUGAGCAGUUAAAAUAUUACAAAAGAAUUGAUGGCUCCAUUAAUAGUCAAAUAAGUAAUGUAUCAGAAAAUAUCCAAAAAGUGAAAUUAAAUAUAAAUAUGGAACAUAAAAAGAAAAUGGAAAUGACAAAAAAUAUUAACGAAAUAAAAAAUAAAUAUAGUAAAACUUUAAAACAAAAGCAAUUGAUGAAUGAUAAAUUCUCACACCUUUCAAAAAAUACUAUUGGAAAAACAGAACUUUCUAAAGAAGUUAAUAAAGAAAAAUUUAAGGAAGUUUCUAGGGAUAAUCGAUAUAAUAAUAUCAGCCAAAUAUUCAAUACUAACAAAACUGAGGACAAUAACACGAAAAAAAACAAUGAGGCUGUUCAAAUGUCUAAAGAAACAAAGGUAUAG